UUACGAAGUACAGUCGAAGAAAAAGAACAAAAGAGACGACGUUGUGUCCGUGGCGCAACACACCAGCCUUCAACAACGACACGGUCAUGCAUUGAGGCCACUGCACCAACUUGCUUGAUGGCUGGUCAACCGAUCCUUUCUCUCGCCCGAAUUUCAACGUUACCGAGACCCUUCCUGCGGCUUUUGGGGUAAUUGGAGCUUCCCUCCAUUUCACAAACGCAGCAGUCGGAAGGUCGCGUUGAUUGCCGCUCGCAGCACGCAAGAACUUGCAUCAUUACGCUGCACGACAAAUUAUUGUUUAGAUUUCGACCCUCCGACACGCUCGCAACCGCACGCCCACCACCAGUAUCAUAACCUGUCGCCCACGAUGGCGCGCCUAAGAGGAACGGGUGCAACUCGCUCCCCCCUGGCCACCCUCCUCGCUUUCCUCCUCUUGCUCGUCCCGCAAGUCCUCGCGGUUUCCGCCGUUGUCGGCAUCGACCUCGGCACCGAGUAUAUCAAGGCCGCUCUCGUGAAGCCGGGCAUCCCGCUCGAGAUCGUCUUGACAAAGGACUCGCGCCGCAAAGAGAUUUCGGCCGUCACCUUCAAGCCCUCCACUGGCGGCGCUGCCCCGAAGCAGGGCUCCUUUCCCGAGCGCGCCUACGGCUCCGACGCUUUGGCUCUCGCCCCCCGCUUUCCCGGAAAUGUGUACCCCAAUCUCAAAACCCUCCUCGGCUUGCCCGUCGACAGCGCCGAAGUCAAGGAGUACGCCGCUCGCCACCCGGCCCUGAAGGUGGUCCGGCACAAGAUCAAGGGCACCACCGCGUUCGAGAGCCCCGGCGCGUUUGUCCCCGAGGAGGAGGCCUGGUUGGUUGAGGAGCUGCUGGCCAUGGAGCUGCAGAGUAUCCGCGAGAACGCAGAGGCGCUGGCCGGGUCCGGGAGCUCUGUGCGCUCGGCCGUCCUGACCGUGCCCGUGUAUUACACGGCCGAAGAGCGGAGGGCGGUAGAGCUGGCCGCCGAACUGGCCGGACUGAAGGUGCUGUCGUUGAUCGGUGACGGUAUGGCGGUUGGGCUGCACUACGCGACCAGCAGGCAGUUUCCGAACGUCAACGAGGGCGGAAAGCCCGAGCAUCACAUGGUCUUCGACAUGGGCGCUGGAUCGACCAAGGCGACGGUGUUGCGGUUCCAGAGCAGAACCGUCAAGGAUGUGGGCAAGUUCAACAAGACCGUGCAGGAGGUGCAGGCUUUGGGCAGUGGUUGGGACAGGACGCUCGGGGGUGACGCGCUGAACUACUUGAUCGUGGACGACAUGAUCGCGCAGUUUGCCGCUUCGCCCAAGGCUAAAGCGGCCGGUGUCGAGGCGGACGCCGUCAAGUCCCACGGCCGCGCCGUCGCAAAGCUGACCAAGGAGGCGGAGCGCAUCAGGCACGUUCUCAGCGCCAACCAGAACACCCAGGCCAGCUUCGAAGGCCUCUACGACGACGUCGACUUCAAGUACAAGGUCACUCGUGCCGAGUUCGAGGAGAUGGCGGCCGCCCACGCCGGGCGUGUUGGCGUAGUUGUCCAGAACGCACUCACGGCGGCUGGGAUCGAGCUCCAGGAUCUCGACUCGGUUAUCCUUCACGGCGGCGCCACGCGCACCCCGUUCGUGCAGAAGGAGCUCGAGAAGUUGCUCGGCGCUGAGAAACUGCGCACCAACGUUAACUCGGACGAAGCUGCCGUGUUCGGCGCCGGCUUCCGGGCCGCCGAGCUCAGCCCCAGCUUUCGCGUCAAGGAGAUCCGCAUUGCCGAGGCUGCCUCUUACCCCGCCGGGAUCAAGUGGAAGACAGACGAGGGCAAAGAGAAACAGCAGCGCCUCUGGACUGCUGCGUCGCAUCUCGGUGCCGCUGCCAAGGAGGUUACUUUGCCGAAUCGCGAAGAUUUCUCGGCAACCUUCUACCAGACGGUUCCCGCGCCCGCGUUGGAUGCUGGCUCUGUCGACGUCGAGACCAAGGUCUUGACAACAAAGAACUUGACCGCCUCGGUUGCGCAGCUCGUUGAGAAGCACAAGUGUGAGAAAUCCGAUGUCAAGUUGAAACUGAGCGCCCGUCUGGCCAGCGAGAACGGCGAAGUGGACGUUCGCAAGGUCACAGUCGAGUGCGAGGCUGAGGUCAAGGAGGGGUUCGUCGACGGCGUCAAGAACCUGUUUGGCUUCGGCAAGAAGGAGCAGCAGCCACUGAAGGACGGGGAGUCGGCUGGAGAGGCCGAGGCUGAGACCUCGUCGAGCACCAAGCAACUCGUCGUUAUUCCCGUCGACUUCACCCUAGAGAAGUCGGGCGUUCAGCUAUCCAAAGCCGACGUGACCGCUCUCAAGGACCGCCUUAAGGCCUUUGAGGCCUCGGACCGCACCCGGAGACAACGCGAAGAGGCGUUGAAUAAGUUAGAGGCCUACACCUACAAGGUCCGCGACCUUCUCGAGAAGGAAGACUUCAUCAGCCACUCGACUCCCGAAGAACAAGCUACGCUGGAGAAGAAGAACAGUGACGCGAGCGAGUGGCUCUACGAGGGCGGUGCCGAGGCGACCAAGGAAGAGCUCAGGUCCAGGCUCAAGGAUCUCCAGGCCAUCGUUGACCCUGUGCAGAAGCGCAUCGACGAAGCCGCCAAGCGGCCUGAGCUCGUCAAGGGCCUGCAGGAUGCGCUUAAGAGCACCAAGGAGUUCGUCGCCGAUAUUAAGAACAAGAUUGCCGAGUACGAGGCUUGGCAUUCUUCAAAGUCUGCCUCUGCCUCCUCCACGUCAGCCACUGACACCUCUUCUACCUCCACCACGACCGCUCCUCCCUCAUCCUCCUCGGACGACUUUGACGGGCUCGAGGACGACGAUGCUGCCAGCACCACCACGGCCACGGCCACGGCAAUGGAAGACGUUCUCAAAGAGCGUGGGCCUGUCCCCCCGCUGUAUACCCUCGACGACCUGAAGGCGAGCGAGGAUCUGUACAAAUCCAUCACCGCCUGGCUCGAGGAGAAGCUCGCCGAGCAAGAAAAGCUCGGUCCCACUGAUGACCCCGUCCUGUUGGUCAAGGACCUGACAGAAAAGCGGGAGAAGCUGGACAAGGUGGGCCUGGAGCUUGCGAUGAAGGGGGUGCGCAACUUUGAGAAGCGUAAAGCGAGCGAGGACAAGGGCAAGGAGACCAAGAAGAGCAAAAAAGGCAAGGAGAGCAGCAGCACUAGCACCAAGUCGGCCAAGCCGGCGCAACAGACCAUCCAGAUCAAGCCGGGAGAGGACGGCAAGAUGCCGUCGCCCGAGGAGCUGGAUGAGAUGCUGAAGGAGUUCAUCAAGGAGGACAAGGCGCCCAAUAAUGGGGAGGAGGCGAACCAGGAACAGAAGCAGAAACAGGAGGAAAAAAAGGAAGAGAAGAAUGUGGGACAUGAUGAGCUAUAAGGGCGCCUAGGACUAGAAACAUGGUAGACCUGGGGGCGUAUGCAUCGAAACGGAGUUCUGGGGAUCGGGUUGUAGACAUUGAUGUUAAUAUAAACAAUGACAAGAGAUGGUUCUUCCUGCGAAGAUGAUCCGAUAUGACACGGCUGUGGUGACCGGUUGGAAUGGAAAUCUCUAGGUCCGCGGACUUGAGACACGUCUCGCAUCCCUACGGACAUGUAUGCACAUAUAAUCACAUGCAUGCGUCUGUAAUCAAGCAACAGCGCGACGCCGUGUUUG